GCCAAGAGUUUGCGGCGCCUCCGACUAUUCUUGCUGCAGCAAUCGUUAGUGGUCCAAUGUGUCUGUAAAAUUGUGCCAUUUUGUACAUUGUAUAGACCCAUCGAGUGUUCAACUGUAAUUACACUCCUCAUUUAAAAAAUAUUACGGAAAAUUCAUUUGACAGUUACCUACUACGUGCCUAGAUAAAUACUGGAAUUUCGCUAUUGAUUUAUGAGUGCACAUAGCAGGAAGAGAAUUGCUUUUAUUUUGUGAAACAGAGGAGGAGUCGGAAGUUACAGAAGAGGGAGUAAAAGAAGUGAUCGCUGUUCAUCAUCAUAUACGAUUGACGAUGAAGUCUUUCAAAGUAGAACUUUAAGAGAAAGGUGACGUUGAUUUUACAUCAAGACUAACAGGAUUUAUACAUCAAUAGCUCUUUUGUCACCUCAAGUCUAUAACUCUGUUUUCUAUAUCUUGUGAUAACAAUCGUGAUUUUUUAUUUUUUGCCUUUAUUGAAAAAAAAAAGCAAAUAUUUGUCAAUUAUUACCGGUAAUUAGGUAAUAUUAAUUCAUGGAGCAAUCAAGUGAUAAAAAAUUAAUUAAAAAACAAUCAAUUUAUUAAUCUUGUUAUCUUAUCGUUUGUGUGACGUGCUGUGACAUUUUUCCCAUAUUGCAGCAUUAAUUAUUAAGAAGGAAUGGCGUCAGCAGCAGCAGAGUUAGUGGCCGAGCGUGAAAAGGAGCCAUUGAUGGAGUUGCAGGAUGUAAACAGAACCUUUGUGGGGGCAGAAAGCCUUGUUAGAAUGGCCUUGGACCAAUACACAGAGAUCCUGCAAACUGCGUCAGAUCCUCGGGUCAAUGACUGGCCUUUGAUGGAUUCACCUGUUCCGACCUUCCUCAUUGUCUUGAUGUAUCUUUAUGGAGUAGUCAUUCUUGGACCAAGGCUGAUGUUAAAUAAAAAGCCCUUUCGUCUUAGGAAUGUUCUUGUUGUCUACAAUGCUUUUCAAGUCAUUUUUUCGUUAGGAAUGCUUUAUGAACACCUUAUGUCUGGUUGGUUAUUAGACUAUAGUUACAAAUGCCAACCAGUCGACUACUCACACAAUCCUACUGCCAUGCGGAUGGCCAAUUUAUGUUGGUGGUACUUUAUCAGUAAAUUCACGGAAUUCGCUGACACGAUUUUCUUCGUGCUGCGCAAGAAAGACAGUCAAGUGACAUUCCUACAUCUAUAUCAUCACUCGCUGACCCCGCUAGAGACGUGGAUUUGCGUCAAAUUUAUUGCUGGUGGCCACGGCACCCUUGGCAAUCUCAUUAACAAUGCAGUACACGUAGUUAUGUACGCUUAUUACAUGCUAUCUGCCAUGGGACCUGAGUACCAAAAAUAUUUAUGGUGGAAAAAACACUUGACCACCGUGCAAUUGGUUCAAUUCUUCCUGGUAUUUGUUCACAGUGCACAAGCUCUUGUAUUUGAUUGCGGAUAUCCCAAACUUGUUGCUGCUCUACUUCUCCUUCAUUCCACAAUAUUUUUCGUCUUAUUCUACGAUUUCUAUCGUCGUGCCUAUCGCAGAGAAACUGCCAGACUAGCCAAACAAAAAGAAAUCAAAAGCGAGUAAAGGAAAUAGUUCUAAACGAGAAUAAAAAACAGAAAUAAUUUAAAAAUAUAAUGUAAAAAUUAAAGUGAUAGCAACAACAUGAUAGAACUUGCCAAGAUAUUAUAAUAUAUUGUAUAAUUUUAAAAAUUUAUUUUUCACCAUCAAUUUUGUUGUUUCUUAUUCGUACAAGAUGCAUAAAAUUCAUUGAAAUAAGCUGCAAUGAAUAGAGAUAUGCUUAAAAAUAAUAUAAAUAAUUAUAUUUAAUAUAAUUAAGAUUAUAUCUCUUUAUUAAAUGAAUGAAUAAUGAAAAACUUAAAAAUAUAAUUAAAAAUUACGAUGACAACUUUUUUAAGAAGAUUUGAAAUGUUUGUAAGUAUAUAGAUAUUUUAUAAGAAAAUUUAAGCGAUAGGUACGAUUGUAAAUAUGUAAGAGUAAUAUAAUUUUGAAUUUUUGUAUAUUACUGAUCAAAUGCAGUAAAAAAAUAUUGAUAUAAAUGUAUAUUGAAAAAAUAUUCAAUUAAGUUUAAUAAAUAAGAAAUUUCUGUAAGAAUUUAAUGCUUUCAAAUCACAGCAGUGCAGUAAUUGCAUUGCGCAGAAAAGAAAAAAUAUUGCAUUUUAGUGAAUAAAAUGGUACUAUAAAAUCAAUGUGGUCCUAUCAGCUAUAAAGCUGAAUAACUAAUAAACAAUGACAAUAAAGCAUUAUGACAUAUAUAAGAAUAAAAA